UCCAGAAAACAAACGCUACACACCAUAAGCAAUAAAUGACUUCAUUCCAUGUGUGUGUUAUUGGCUUGAAGUAGAGAGGGAUGUUGACCUCUCCGUUCAGUAGUUUCAAGGACUACACUUUAUAAAGAUAUCACCCUGCUAAGAUUACAUUCCCAGCCCACAUGUCGGAACAAGAUAAUGAAAACCGGAGAAAUAUAUACAACUUCCAGAGACUAAAGAAGACUCUAAUGGUUUGUAUGGAAUAUUGCCUGUUUGUGGGAUGAGAAGAGGGGACGUUAGGGGAGCAUAUCUUGUAUCACUCUUUCCAUCCUUAGCUUUUGGAAACCGCUGUUGUUUCUUAACGCGUCAGAAGUGAAGCCAGGUAGAUUGCAGAACCACUAGGGGAAAAAUACCUAAGUCCGUGACAUAAAAUUAUGUGGAAUGAGUGUGUGUAUGGACCCCGAAGUCAGUUUCGAGGACGACGUCUGCUGCAGAAUACAAUGCUGUCAGUUGGGUGCGCAUGAUGAAACGUGAAUGGUGAAGCAUACGGGUCAGAUGGAUGGGUGCAAAGGAGGAGACGCAGGAUCUUCACAGAUGAUGGUUACGGGUGACAAUAGGGGCAGUGAUGAAGAGAGCGUUUGCCGAGCCCCGCAAACACACAGCGAGAAUCGAGUGUGCAAAGGGCCGUACGGGUCGGUAACGAGGGCCACUGACAUGAGGACAGGGUACGUCUGGUAACUGUUCACAGUACCCGGCGGCCCAGAGAGGAAGUGGGAGGCAUAUGGGUGCCCCUGCGUGUAAGACGGACAGAAAGGUGGGGAGGUCUGCAGACAGCUACCUUCGGAAGAAGCAAUCCAGAAGAGAAGGAUGCAAAAGAGCCUUUCGAAGUGCGAACAGGUUACGUUACACUUUGGAGGUUGAAGGGGCACAUGUGGUGUAUGGACAAGGGCUCCGGUCUAGUUUUUAAAGGCUUUGGACUUUGUUCUUUCUCCACCGUGAGCCAGCUGUGUGAUGAAGACCAGUCGCUCUGACCUCCCGGGUCGGUCUCCUCGUUUGAAAAAUGUGUGUCAGACGCCUUGGGCUUGACAAUCUUUUCAGCUCUGAUGUUCUGUGACUCAACAGUAAUAAUGCAUUUCCACAGGCGGUAAAAAUAUUCUAGACUCUUCCCUUCCAGUGCUCGGUGUUUACUUCCUCUGCACUUCCCCUUCCUGCCUCCCUGUUUGCUGGUCAGUUGAGAGUGGGCCUCAGUGGGGGUGAGUUAACCCACUCUUUCCAGGGUGUUUUACUAUUGAGCUCCCUCCACAGGGUGGGAAUUCUGUAGGAAGGGCUGUGGUUGGGCCUUCGGUUUAAUUCUUAAACCACUCCUUCGGCCUUUGGUCUACUCUGGGCACCUUGCCAGAAUACCAGGGAUUGGAAGGUGAACGCUAGGGCCCUAGCCCUGGGGCGGGGGGGGGGGGUAUGGUUAAGGGUCAGUCUCACCGGGUCAGUCUCUUUGUAAACACCUGUGAACGCCACGCGUCCCUCUCUCUUUCAGGCAGAAGCAGCAUCCCCUGAUAGCCAGGUGGGCGAAGGGGAGCGAGCACCUUCCACCUGCCUCGAAGAAGACGCCUUCUGACCUGCUGAGGGAGUGACCAGGUGGUCCCAAGAGCCUGACAAUGGACGCCGUUCACCUCAGCAUGUCCAGCGCUCCCCUCGUGAGGCAGCCUUCAGGAGGUGGACUCAAGACCAACAGGCCCCGAGUCAUGUCCAAGAGUGGGCACAGCAAUGUGCGAAUUGACAAAGUGGAUGGCAUAUACUUACUGUACCUUCAAGACUUGUGGACCACCGUCAUCGACAUGAAGUGGAGAUACAAGCUCACCCUGUUUGCCGCCACAUUCGUGAUGACGUGGUUCCUUUUUGGAGUGAUCUACUACGCCAUCGCGUUCAUUCAUGGGGACUUAGAACCGAGCGAGGACGUUUCGAAUCACACCCCCUGCAUCAUGAAGGUGGACUCUCUCACUGGGGCGUUUCUCUUUUCCCUGGAAUCCCAGACGACCAUUGGCUACGGAGUCCGUUCCAUCACAGAGGAAUGCCCUCAUGCCAUUUUCCUGUUGGUCGCUCAGCUGGUCAUCACAACCUUGAUUGAGAUCUUCAUCACAGGCACCUUCCUGGCCAAGAUUGCCAGACCCAAAAAGCGGGCGGAGACCAUCAAGUUCAGCCACUGCGCGGUCAUCACCAAGCAGAACGGGAAGCUGUGUUUGGUGAUCCAGGUGGCCAACAUGAGGAAGAGCCUCCUGAUCCAAUGUCAGCUCUCUGGCAAGCUCCUGCAGACCCAUGUCACCAAGGAGGGGGAGCGGAUCCUGCUCAACCAAGCCACCGUCAAAUUCCACGUGGACUCCUCUUCGGAGAGCCCCUUCCUCAUUUUGCCCAUGACAUUCUACCACGUGCUGGAUGAGACGAGCCCCCUGAGAGACCUCACGCCCCAAAAUCUGAAGGAAAAGGAGUUUGAGCUCGUCGUCCUCCUCAAUGCCACCGUGGAAUCCACCAGCGCGGUCUGCCAGAGCCGCACGUCUUAUAUCCCAGAGGAGAUCUACUGGGGCUUUGAAUUUGUGCCUGUAGUUUCUCUCUCCAAGAACGGAAAGUACGUGGCUGAUUUCAGUCAGUUCGAACAGAUCCGAAAGAGCCCAGAUUGCACCUUUUACUGUGCGGAUUCUGAGAAGCAGAAACUUGAGGAGAAGUAUAGGCAGGAGGAGCAGAGGGAAAGGGAGCUGAGAACUCUUUUGUUACAACAGAGCAACGUCUGAUGUCAGUGAACGCCCCGGGUUGAACCCUGGGAGCCCUUUCCGCGUCCGAGCUCCCUUAGAAUGCAGAGGUCACCGUGAAAACGUGAAGGUGUGGAUUCACCCUAAAAAGCUGCACACACAUACAAAAUCACCCCCCACCCCUUGGAUCUAGUGCCUAAGCAAUCAUCGCCACGUUUGAGGAGUUCCUUUUCCAAUGCUUUGUCUGCAGCAAACUCUCAAAAUUCGUAUUUCCUAAAAUGGGGCUACAUUUCCACAAACUUGGUGUAGGGCAAUUGAAAUAAUGUCCUGCUGGGUGGACAGACAGUUAGCAAUGCUGGUAUUGAAAGGAAGUGCAUUUCUAUACAGGAUAUCAGCCAUCAUAUAAGGUAUUUAUUCAAAACAAUUAUCAAAGACGUUAUGGCCGAAAGUUGAAAUGUGGUUCGGUAUUCCUUUAUACCAUUGCUUUAAAGCACCCUCUUCUUUUCAAGGAGAGAAAAUGCUAUAUAUACAAUGGAAGCUACUGAUAAUACAUAAAAAGGGGCAAGGGACUCUGUGCUCACAAAAAUCAUAGUUCCGUUUAUGCCUUUCUUCGUUGGAUUGAAUUGUAGGAGUGAAAUUGAUCAAACCAGGGGUAAACAGUUGAGAAAACAUACACAAAUGGACUUGAUGCUAUUAAUUUUUUGGUCGGAAUGUACUGCUAUUUUCUAUUCAACACCAGCAACAUCAGCACCAUCUGGGAGCUUAUUAGCAAUAUAGGCUCUCAGGCCCCAUCCGGACUUAGAGAAUCAGAGGCUGUUGCUUAACAAGACCUCCAAGUGAUUUGUAUACAAAUGAAAGUCUGAAAAAUGUCCACUCUGAAAGUUUUCAAGGGAACUUUCUGAAGCCACGGGACCCCAUGUGUCCCAAACCCAUUUGGCCCCCGGACCCGUCCUUCUUUCUUCAGCUUGUUAUCAUGGGCCAAUAUUUUUGUCAGCCGUCUCCUUCCUCAUCUGCAAAGGAAGUGCCACUGAUAUUCCAAGAUUGAAAAAAUUACUUGAGAGGAAUGGCUGUCAUGCUAAAGCACAUGCUUGUUGACCCUAGUUAGCACAAAAGAAAAUGAAGCCACAUUACAAUCGGAAACUUGCUCAGAUGUUGAAGUCCACAGGGUUGGAUGGGGCCAUGAAGAACACAAGGGGUGAGGAUAAUGAAUUCGUAUACAGAUGACUCCUUGGGGCAUCAACUUUGGUAAUCUUAUAACGUGUAAAGAAUGCCCCCAGCAUUUAAAUAAAUCUCAUGCAACUGAGUCUUACAGGGGUAACAUUUUGCUCUUGGCAGAAUCUAGGGGCCAGGAACCACAUUUCUUUGGGGCAAAGAAUAUAUGUGGGGCCGGGACUAGCUAAAUGUGCCACAGGUGAAUUCUCAUUUCAUUCAAACUGGGGUCAAUUUGUGUAUUCACUCAAGAAGAAUGUGACUGUAAGUGGGGAGGCACUGUGUAGACAUACACACGAGCCCACGUAUAUGUACACACACGGACACACGCACGCAUGCACGCACGCACAUCCUGGCUUUUCAAGCUUAAUUGUGGAAACGAUCAAUGAAAGAUGUUUGCAAUGAAGAGAGCCAGUCCUCAACAAAUAUGCUCAUAGAUGUUUUAUUCUAUAAAGAUGGGGACACUGGGGCUCAGAAGAAAAAGGGAAAGCAAUCUGGAUUCGGGUUAUCGGGGAAAUGACACGGAUUACAGCUAAUCCAGGCCUAUCUUCAGGCUACCACAUUUUCACAUGUCCUUCCACGUAAGAGAAGAUGUGGCUCACACAUCUGACUGGGGGCUGAACACUUAAUGCAGAUGUAAGAAUAACGGGGGUAAAGUUAGUGAUAGAGGGGGUUUAAAGAACAAUCUCAAUGUACAAGAGGCUUUUCUUUUAUUAUUCAGGAAUUGUUUUUUUUCUUUCUGUUGGUAAUUUAAUGGCAGAUUGUUUUAGAUCGUUAUUCUCUUAACAAAAUUGCAUAUACAGACAUUAGCCCUUUUAGUUAUUUUAUGGUUUUUUUUUUAUUGUAUAUUGUGGUGUAAUCGACAGGAAAAUAAUGCCACGGGCAUGUUUACAGGUUUUCUAUUGCACUAUUAAAUUCUCUUCAUGGUAUUUACAUCAGUGCCAAUUUAAAUGUGAUUAAGAUGAGGAAUCCUGCAUACUUGCGUAGUAUUUGGUAUAUUGAUGGAGCAUGAGAUGGAGAAAUCUUUUGUGUGUCCAUUGAGCUUAUCUAUUUCAGCCAAAUCUGGAAGACUUGGUCAUCUGAUCUUUUGCACUACCCGAAGCAGCAUCCCCAAAGCCAAUACUGGUUCAAGUCGAUAAAUCAUAUAGUAAUACGAUAUUUUGUAAAUAGCUCUAUACUUAUAUCUGGUUGAAACUUAGCAUUUCCCAAGCACACUUACUUAUUAUUACUUGGUGCACAGCACUCUGGUGUUAACGAACUAACCAAAGAUGUAGGUGGCAAACUUAUUUGAUUAUAUCUGGACGGUCUUUUGACUGAAACAGAUUCAUGCUCAACACCCAACUGAGAAGAAAUCGAGCUAAUGCAACGUUUUUGACCCAAAAAGCCUUCUGCGCUUUGGAACGCCCAAUGCAUCAGGCCUUCUCGGUGAGACCAUUCCAAACUGUCACGUUCCUUUUGAAAAAACCACAAAGUCAAUAGCAGCAAAUCAGUGUAAUCUGAUUUAUUUCAGUAAGAAAAUAUAUUGUACUUGCUUGGUACCUGGUAGCCAAUGGUCCCAGACAGCAGAGCCAAGAUUCACUCACUGACCCUCCUCAGAAGCCACUUUUGGAGACGGGGUAGAGACACACGUUGGUUUGCUUUCCCAUUCAGGGGGAAAUCACAGCACCAGAUGAGACUCCAGAAAUCUAAAAUAACUGGCUAAAAGUGAAAAAUGCCAUGAAUAAGGGGAUCAGGUAUUGAGAUGAAAUUAAAUGAUGAUUCAUUUGCUUUUUCUUUAAAUUAAAUUUUCAAUUGUAAUUGAUGGUGAUUUUGAUGCCAUUAAAUGCAAAUUAAGAAAUAUUAAAAAAGUGACACUUCUCCUGUAUUAUUCUUUUGUCCUUGCCUGGAUCCUUUGAACUUAUGUCAUCUGGAGAAAGAAGGAAAGAGAGACAAAAAACAUAGAAGACCCUAGGUCUUUGCUUUGGUAGCUCAGUCACAGGUCAUCAUCCUCAGGCUUGGGUUUGUCACUGUGGUCAAAGUGUUGACAUUUGACCGUGUGGUUGACAGUCUUGGUUUUCACUCUUGUCAGACUUUUUUCUUUGCCUGUUAAAUAUUUGAAACAUGUAUUUUGAAUGCAGGUUAUUUUAUCAAAGUUUUCUGGGAUGGUGUUUUUUAAAAUGAAAUGCUAGCAUUUCGAGUCUCGAUUUCCAUGUUCUGUGGUGCGCACUUGAAUUGCAGCAUUUGACUCUGGAUACAGUCCAGAUGCACUUCAUUUUCUUCCUCCUGGAAGACACACUUGAAAGACUAAAGUUUGACAUCUCACACUCCUCCUUGAUUAUUUGCAUUUAACGCUCUGUGAACUUCAGUUUAUCUUGAAUCAGAAUCCGUUGCCCACCCCAACUUGGGCCUGCGAGCAGUGAUUUUCCUAGCCUUUAAGAGACACUGAUGAAUGAAGUCCAACUCUUUCCUGAAGCUUUCCACUAAAUACUUACUGAAGAAGAAACAGAAGGCGGAAAUGAGGUGUUAGCCACUUGACUUCAUCUUCCUCCUCUGUCAGUUCUGCUGAGCUCAGUUUGCUUUCCACUUAAUGUGUGCUUCACUGGCUGUUUUUCAUCUUUGCUAUCUACUCUAUCAAGUCAACUUAUUCUGUGGGUUAAAAAGAAUUGAUUCGGGAGGCACCUGGGUGGCUCAGUCAGUUGAGCAUCUGACUUCGGCUCAGGUCAUGAUCUCACAGUUCGUGAGUUCAAACCCUGCGUACGGCUCCGUGCUGACAUCUUGGAGCCUGGAGCCUGUUUCAGGUUCUCUGUCUCCUCUCUCUCUGCCCCCUCCCCUGCUCAUGCUCUGUCUCUGUUUCUCUCUCUCAAAAAUAAACAUUAAAAAAAUUUUUUUUUAAUAAUUGAUUCAAAUUAGUAAUUUGUGAACAUUUAGAUGGCCAAAAUUUGGGAACAGGAAUUUUUAUUUUUCUGUUGGCAUUUGCUGGUGUAUAAAAAAAUAGAAGACUGGGAUGCCCAGGGGACUCAGUUAAGCGUCUGACCCUCGGUUUCAGCUUAGGUCAUGAUCUCACGGUUUUAUGAGUCCAAGCCCCACGUCGCGCUCUGUGCUGGCGGUGUGGCGACUGCUUGGGACUCUCUCUCUCCCUCGCUCUUUACCCCUCCCCCACUCACGCUGUCUCUUUCUGUCUCAAAA